AUGAGUUGUCCAACUUGUACAAAUAUAGGGCUUCUCUUCACUCUUUCUUUCAUUGCAAACUUAACUUCUCUACUUUCUAGCUUGAGAAAGAUCUUGGAGAAUUUGUACUGCUUGUCGAAGAGAGGAGUUGCCGUGCAUCCCAAGUCGAAGAAGUUUAGAGCGACGGUGGCCGCUAGUUGUUGCUGGGCGAGUAUCGAGAGAAAGACGAUGGUCUGCCCCCUGCCGAGAAUGUCGAGGGAUGAAAGCAGAAUGGUCUGGAUCCUGAUGAUCUGCCUGCUGGAUAGGAGGAGUUUUCUACCUGCUGGGUUGUGGCAUGUUUAG